UGCAGCCGCUCUCCUCCCUCCACAAACACAAGAACAGAGCCCUCUCCUAUGAAGAGAGGAGGGCAUGGCUGGGUGUCAGAGACUUCUUCAAUGUCCUCCUCUUCCUCCUCAUGUAGGUAGGUAUUCAAAGAGCUAGCACAAAGAAGAUAGCCAACAAUGGCUUCUUCGGUGUUGCAUUGAUGAGUGAGUGCUCCGGAGAAAGCAUAAAUAGAGAGGAAGGCUAGCUCGCUAUCCAGUCCAGUGUUCUUCUCCAAGUAGUUAUUCAUUCUUUCUCUGCAUCCCUGCUUCUACUUCUGCUGCAUCUGUUCCCUUGGCUAUCUUUAGCCAUUCUUGUUUCACUUUCUUGUUUCUCCAUUCCAUUUCAUUCUCAUUCACUAGAUCUUCUCGUUGCGCGCCUGCCUGCCAUGGAAUCCUCCCACAUCACUGGGGAUGACGGCGAGGGCUGCAACAGCAGUGAGUCUGGGUGGACAAUGUACCUGGCCUCCCCCAUGCAAAGCGACGAUGGUGGUAGCCGCAAGGGAAGCGGCAGCGAUGGAAGCAAUGUCGACGAUGGCUACGGCUACACUUACCUCGUCCGUGGCAGGAAAGGGGGCAAGGAAUACCAGGACGAUGGCGAUGACAAUGACUCCCUUGCCUCCGAUGCUUCGACUGGGUCAGCCAAGGUCAAGGUGCAGCCCUCGUCGCCUGACGCGGGCCAACGACAGAAUGGUGACAACGACGGCGGCGGCGGCGAGAAGCCAAAGGAGGAGGACGAGGAAGAAGAAGACAGGCAUACCAGGUUCUCGACGAGCUCCCGCAAGAAAGCCGGCAACAAGGCGGAGAAAGGGGGCGAGGGGAAGUCGUCCAAGAAGAAGGGGAGCUCCUCAAAGACAAGCUUCUUUUGGUAAACCAAAUGCUUUAGAAUCAUUGUUCUGUACUAGUAGCAAAUAGCAAUUUGUAUGUGCCUUAUGCAUCAUCGGUCGAUCUUAAAGAUGGGAAUGUAUCCAUCCCUCAUUGUUAGGAGCAUUGGAGAAGAGGGAGGAAGGCUUUUUUUGGGUCCUCAGUUUUGCCUUCCAUGGUGUUCUCCCAUGGUUGACCACCACCCCCCAAUUACUAGUAGGGUUAACUGUUGCUGCCAUGUAAAUCUACUGCAACCUUCGGUUAUUAUUAUUAUAUUUAUUCAAUGCCUUCCUGCUUA